AUGACCACCAUUGACCCUAAAGCAAUUGAUCGUCACCAGCGCUACGUUGAGGAACGAGCGCGAGCCUCAUACAUUGCUUCAAUUGCUCAACCGGAAGCUUCUUUCGAUGUUUCAGUCGCCGCCCAAGUACAGACCCCUGAGGAUAAAGAUUACGCAAUUUUGAACAAGCGACUGCAAUGGCAAAUGGAUCACCAACUACGUGGCCUCACGUACAAACCAAUUGAUCUAGCUACUGCAAAGCUGAUGGUUUUCACCGAUGGUUCUUUCGCAAACAACAAGGACUUAUCCUCCCAACUAGGAUUCGUCAUUGCCCUCGUUAACGAGACAAACCACAAAGAAAAACAGUUCGAGAUUAGUGGUAACAUCGUACACUGGAGUUCAACAAAGUGCAAACGUGUUACCCGUAGCGUCCUAGCAUCAGAGAUCUACGGUAUGGCCAACGGAUUCGACAUAGGCAUCUCCCUUGCGAUGACUAUGAAGAUAAUUACGGAACGACUCAACCUUCCUCCUAUCCCUCUCAUCGUCUGUACGGAUUCGUACUCUCUCUACGAAUGCCUAGUCAAGCUCGGUACGACGAAGGAAAAACGAUUGAUGAUUGAUAUCAUGGCCCUUCGCCAGUCAUACGAGAAGAGAGAGAUAACAGAUAUUCGUUGGAUCAACGGCGCAGACAACCCAGCAGAUGCAAUGACGAAAGCAUCACCAAACCGAGCCCUGGAACGCUUCAUCGAUACCAAUAGUCUGACAAUUCGAGUCGAAGGAUACGUACAACGUUCCUAA